GAAGACAACUCGCCUCCUACACCUGAGCCGGAAGACGCCUGCACUGAAGAAAAUUCUGCACCAAAGUCAUCCAUCCUCGACGGCGCGAUCUACUUCGAUGACCCGCUGCCCUCUCUAGCGCCAACGAUGCAAGCUUCCAAUGUUGUCAAGACUGUAGCCAAGACGGCUGUGAAGGUCACAGAGACGAAGACUCAUACUCUUACUGCUCCUGCGGCUGUUGUUGCUGGAGAAGGCCUGAAACGACAGAGGAGCUUGAUGGACAUGUUUGGCGGGACGGCGAAGCGUGCUAAAGUGGAUGGUGCUGGUGCUGCUACGGUGGUUCACAAGCGCGUCAUAUCGUCUUCGAAUGGUGUCAAUACGCUCAACUCGAUCCCGUUCUCGUUGAGUGCUUAUAAAGCGAGCUUGUCCCCGGAGGAGAAGAAGUAUCUUUCUCUCGAAUGCGAGACUAUGGGCCUCACUUGGCUUAAGGUGUUGAAAGACGAGAUCCGCAAGCCCUACUUCCUCGGGCUCAAGCACUUCCUUGAAACCGAAGGAGUCAUGAGCCCCGACGUCAAGUCCACCAAGGUCUUCCCCCAAGCAAAGGACAUAUACUCGUGGUCGCGCUAUACACCCCUUGGCAAGGUGCGGGUGGUAAUCAUCGGCCAGGAUCCAUACCACAACGUUGGGCAGGCGCACGGCCUUUGCUUCUCCGUCCCCCCGGGAGUCACUCUACCGGGAUCGCUGAAAAACAUCUACGCGGAAAUCGCCUCUUCAUACCCUUCGUUCGACCCACCAAAACAUGGUUACCUCCUCUCUUGGGCGCGAUCAGGCGUACUCCUCCUCAACACGUCCCUAACAGUGCGCGCUCACAUGGCAGGGUCGCACGCCCUCAAAGGCUGGGAGACAUUCGUAGGCGAGGUGAUCAAGGCUGUCGACCAGUGGGGAGGAGCGAAUAUCGGAAAUGCGGGAGGCAAAGGAAGAGGAGUGGUCUUUAUGGCCUGGGGACAAUGGGCACAGAAGAGAGUUGCUGGACUAGACAAGAAGAAGCACUGUAUCCUGACCUCUGCGCAUCCUUCGCCCCUCUCGGCGCAUCGCGGUUUCCUCGGCAAUGGUCAUUUCCUGAAAGCGAACCAGUGGCUCCAGGAACGGUACGGCUCUGCGGGUCAAGUCGACUGGUGUAACCUCUCUAUUGACGGGGAGCCGGCACAGGGGGAACUUGCUCCCUCUGCAUCACAGGAGGAACCCCUUCCUCCUGCUUCACAGGAAGGGGGAGAAGUGGUUGAAGAGGAUUCUACUAAGGCGUGA